AUGCUAUCGUUUCUCCUUUUUACAGCCCUCGUUUUCACUUCGCUACACCCCAGCGCGGCUCUACACCAGCAGGACAGUCCCCCACUCCCCGCUCCUUUCUAUUUUUUGACACUCAUUGGCCACUCCUCCCCUCAACGGAUCACUCGCGGACUCCCUCUCGCCCUCAAUGUUCCACGUCAACUCUCCGUCCAGGUAAGUGCUGCCUUCCCCCUUUCUUUUUCCCCCGUGGCAUUUCGCGCUCACUGCAACUUUCAGCUCCAACCUCAGCGCCAGCUAACCCUAACUUCCUCCCCUUUUCUCGUGCGCACUCACCCAAUCUCACUCACUCCCUCGCCUCAGCCCCUUCCUCCCAGGAAGUCCGGCUGCGUUUCUUCCCAACCCCCACCAACAGAUCGGCCUCCUCCUGCCAAGCUGUCCCGUUCUGCAGCGAGCACCAAGGACUCCCUCGACAAACCCCAGUCGCCGAACACAGCUAACCCCCAUUCUCCUCCCGUUUUUUUGGCCGCCGCCACUACUUCCUUCGUCCCGCCUUUUUCUUCUACAGCCUCGCCUCCACGGUCUCACGUCUGUCCGUUUCCGCCGCUCCUCUGCCUCCCCUCCGUCCGGACGCUCCCUCGCGGGCGCUCCCUCGUUCUCGUCCUAUUUAACUCACCUCAACCUCCGUCAUUCUCUCACUUCUUGUCUCCCAAUCCCCCACGACUCCUUUACAACUUCCACAUUAUGUCUGAGCAGGUUUUCAACCCCGAUCUCACGAUGUCCGCCGCCGAGGAGGAAACCCUCGCCGAGUCCGGAGUGGACCUCUUGGUCGACGACCUUCCCGAAGGACUCAUGCACGAGCUCGAGAGCUCCCCCGACCACCCUGCUGCGAAGAAGCCCUGCAUGGACUCUAGUGCUGGCCCUGCCAACUUCAACUCCCCCUCAACCUCCUCCGAUUCGGCGCUGGCGCAAGCCGCGCAGUCUCCUGUGCUCCCUGCUGCUGCUGCUGCUCCCUCGUCGCCUCUGCAAAGCCCCGCGCCCUCUCUGGCAGCAACUGCUGCCGCCCCCAACGCCCCGGCCCUCCGCGCGGCUGCCUACGCGGCUGUCGCCUCUGGUGUUAACCCGGCCCCCGCGCUGCCCGCCUCGCUUUUUGCCUCCCCCGCACCGGGCGGACCCCCUCGCAAUCUUCGCCGCGCGCGCACGGACGCGGCCACCCCUAUGCUCCUCCCCCUCCGCCGUCGCGUGGUUGUCACACUCCUCCUCCCGGAGUCCGCUUUGGAGUCGCAACGCACGGACAUUCUCGCCGGCAUUAACGUGCAGCUGUGCGGUUUCAUGUUCGACUCUGGCGUCAUCCCGCCCUUCGAGCAAACGGUUGGCGAACCCCUCCGCGUGGCCCGCCGCGUUUAUGGCCGCCUGCUUUUCUCCUGGCCGACACAGGAGGACGCUGCCGCCUUCCGCAAGCUCUUUCCCCUUGCGCUUAAAAUCCCCAACUCCCGCCCUGUUACGGUGAAACUCUAUGUCGACAGGUUCGAAACCUUCACUGCAGCAAAGGCAGCCGGCUCCCCCACCCUCUCCAUUCGAAACGUUCCCCUGGAAUUCGAUCCAGAGGACAUCCGCGUUUCUCUCCUCGAAGCCACGGAGGAGGAUGGCGCGCACUGGCUGGCGGACCUCACUGACUUUCACCGUGCCUCCGACCCCUACGAGGAUACCUUUUUCACCCACCUCGCAGGGCUCCCGGUCGCCACCCCCGAUGAUCCGAACUUCGAACGGAUCCCAUCCGAAAUUCUGCUGGACACGAACAAGCCUGCUAUGGUGCUCAACUUCUCCUGCCAUGUGUGCGCGCUGUGUGGUAACAACCAUCGCGCAUCGGACCACGAGGUUUUUGCCGCUCGCCACCGCGGGCGCCUCACGAACAAGAACACGAUCUCAAUUGCUCAACUGCAGCAGGCAAACGCACUCCCCUCCCCGGCCCCCCGUGUCGUGGGGCCCCCACUCACUCACUCGCCUUCCCCGCCCCACCCCUCCCUCCCUGCUCUCCCCGACCCCUGCAGGCAAGACCCCGCCCCAGGAUGCUUAGCCCCUGCCUCCACCUUACCCUCCUUUGCCCCCCCUACAGUUGGGCCUCUGCCCACCCUCAUGACUCCCCCACAUUCCCAAACCCCCCACGCAAUCUCCGCGUCUCGGAGCCUCCGUUUUACCCACGAUCCCCCACUCCUUGCCCCUACCCACUCCAACCCCUCCCCCCACUACACUCCCUCCCCCCACAACAUACCCUCCCCCUCCCCCUCGGAGGACGGACCCCCGCCAUCCCACGUGCUCGCCCCCCACCCGCACCCUCCCCCUGCUCUCCCCCCCCCUCGCAGACUGCAUCUUCCUACGGAUCCCCCCCCCCUGCCCCCUCCCAACAUUCCCCCCACUCCAGAUGCCUUCCCUCCCAUGGUCUCCCCAGAGGACGGGCCCCCUGCCCACCCCUAUGCCGGCAUGGAGACGCUCCCCUCCCCCUGUCCCAUCCCCCCGCUUCAAACAGCACCCUCCCCUGCUCACCCCACAUGCCGACUCCUUCCCCCCCCUUCCCAUCUCCCGACUCCCCUCCUCUCCUUUCCCCCUACCCACAUUCUUGCCUGCCCCCCACACCCCUACUCUCUCCACCCCCCACCCUCUCAGGAACCCAACAGCAAUCGCCGCUCCACCCCCCUCUGGCCUCUUCUCCCCCCCCGCCUGGGCCUCCGAACUCCCCCGCCCGUUCCCCGCGCCUUCCCCCCCUCCCUGCACCCCCCUCCCCACGCUGCCAUCCAGCCCACCUGGUCCCCCCUCUCUCGGUUCUCACCCUCACCUCCCCCACCUGCCCCUCUCCCCCGACUCUCCCUGCCCCCCUUAUUCCUGCACCUCUGCUCAACCCCUCGCCCCCCCUGCCCCCCCCGCCUCCCCCCAACCCCCCCAACCGCUCCCUCUCUUGCAGGCAACCUCCUGGGGAAUCAUGCCGCGCCGACCGCGUUCCGCAACGACCCCGGCCUCCUCUACAUCGGGCUGGGCGACUGGGUCGAAUACUGGACCUGCGCUCUCUGCGAUUUUACCUGCGGCGCUGCCCUCGACAGCGCCAUGGAGCAUAUCCAGUCCGACCUGCACGCCACCCGCGUGAAGGCCUCCGCUCACCGCCCGGCUGCCAAGGAAGGCUUUGGUCCUUGGCGCGCACUCACCCUGCUGCAGCAGAAGGCUCCGGUGGCUGCCUUCCUUCGCGGCCGCCCUUAG